AUGUCCAGACCAGACUCGAUACUUUUUCUGAAUAACAAAAAGAGAAAUGCUCCGAAAUAUCCCUAACUCAAAAUAGUCUGUGAUGCCAAAUAUUACAAGACUCAAUUAUCAUAGACAGUGAUUGAUAAAUCUUUGGAUGAUAUGGAACUGAGAAAAGCCUAUGGCUUGAUUAUAUGCUCAGAUACAACUAAAAUAAGCAAAAGCUUUUUCUUUAAUAACUAGAAGCAUAAAGACAACUUAUCUAUCCUAAAACUAAAACCUAGUGAGAAACCAGAUGAUGAUCUACUCUAAAAAUUGGUAUUCCCAAGUGAAAUCAAGAAGAUAAUGCCUGAAUAUUUGAAUUAGCAUAACAUUAAGGCUAUCUAGUAACAAUUAGAAAAAAUUUUAUAGAACUACAGAAUGCAGAUUAAAGAGUACAACAAUAGAGAGAUAUUUGGUAAGGGUCUAGAUGAUAUGAAUUUGAAAUACAGUUAAGAGACUAACCUUUCUAAAACGUUUUAAGAAGAGUGCAAAGGUCCUUCUAAGUCCUAUCAAAGUCGUUUUGAGCAAGAAUAAUUGGAAAGUGGUAAGAAUAUGGGCAGAUCUAGUAGCUUGAUAGAUCUAUGUGAUGCGAUAAAUAAGAUAUACUUGCAAGAUGAUGACUCGAAAGUGGACUAAAUUAAUCAAUAAAAUCUGAACCAAAUUAACCCAGAAGUUGUAGAGAUGAGUCAAGAGUAGCUGCAAUACUAAUAAAAAUUAUCACAAAAAAUAACAUAAAGUUAAGCUAUCUCGGACAAUCUUAACACUCAAGCCAUUAGCAAAUUGGAACUUAUAGCUUAACAAAUUGAAGGCAAAAGUAUUGAUCAAAUGCGCUAAAUAUUUAAUAAUCAUUAAAUCUAACUUACAAAGGAUGGUAAACUCGACAGAAGAAGAAAAGAAAAUAAAUUAUUGGGAGAAUACUUGAAUACCAAAGGUAUUUUUGAAUUCUCUAGCUUGCCUGGACAAUCAUAGCAAUCCAUUUCUCAAUAAUCAUAUGCCAUGCAAAGCUAGUUCUCUACAUAGUAGGAACGAAAUUCAUAGUAAAUAGGUGGAUUAAGCUUUUCAUAACCAUAAAAAUAAGUGACAAUGAGCACCUGCAAUACCUAGCUUUCACAAACAUCAUCUAUGACUGAAAAAGGCAAUUCUAGAACAAUCUUCUUUAAGGGACAGCAGAUUCCAGCUACAACCAGUGGAAAACCAGACAUGAGACACAAAUUGUGCAAAUAGCUCAGAGAUACUGAUAAUGACUUCAAGCAGUUAUUAAAUUGA